GUGGACGGAGUGGACAAAGUGGACGGAGUGGAUGGAUUUGGAAGAGUUGGUGGAGUGAACGGAGUAAACGGGUUGGAUGGAGCGGACAACGUGAAUGGAGUGGACGGAGUGGAUGGAUUUGGAAGACUUAGCGAAUUGAGCGGAGUUGACGGACUGAAAUUAGUGGACAAAGUGGACAGAGUGGAUAGAGUGGAGAAAGUGAAUGUAUUUGGAAGAGUUGAUGGAGUGGAUAGAGUGGAUAGAGUGCACAACGUGGAUGGCGCAGACAAAGUGGACGGAGUGGAUGGAUUUGCAAGAGUUUACAGAGUGGAUGGAGUGGACAAAAUGAAUAGAUUUGUAAGAGUUGGCAAAGUGGAAGAAGUGGAUGGAUUUGUAAUAGUUGUUGGACUGAUUGUUGUGGAUAGAGCAGACUGA